AUGCAACACAAGGGCCGACUAAAGGGCUUUGUGGUGCCCACUCAUAUGAAGCCAAUUCCUCACUCUUCGCUAGAUGUCGCUCUAGAAACACUGCAUUUUCUAAGGAGAGUUGUGGUUUACGAAAAGUACGAGACUAUUACUGAAUUGCUUGAUGUAUUGACCUUCCACGGCAGAUGGAUUUGUGCUGUGGAACCGACUGAGUUGGUGAUUCGAAACGUUCUCAUGAUGGUUACAAAACUCGCCCGUGAUGAGAAUAUUCGGCUAAUUAUGGGAGAACCCAUUUCUGCCUUUGAUUCACUAAACAAGUUGUGGACGAAGACCGACGAUAGAAAUGGGGCAGCUAGUGGAAAGAAGCUUAAAAAAGGACUCAUACAGGCCAUAAAUGAGGUCGCAUCUGAAAUGACACUAUGCUGUGAGAAUAUUUGCACUCGAGCAAUUGACCUCAUAAAUCCACAGGAUGUUCUAAUAGUUCACAGUUAUUCUGGCUCUGUGACCUGGUCUGCGUUUCUUGACACUGUUCGAAAAACUAGGAAACGCAACGUGAUGAAUGUUGUACACAAGAGCGAAGCCGAUACGACGCCAGAUUUCGCGUCACCCAUACAAUUGUGUGAUGUUGGGACUAGAAUGUGCGAAGCCACUAAGAUAACUCCAUUCUUUGUGCCAGAUGAAAUGUUGGUGAAUAUGAAUAAAGCACCUGGCCUUCCAUUCUCCUAUUCGGCGUUAUUUUCUGGUCUUGUUGAAGUGAUUCGACCAACCUACGAUGUUGUUCCAGCAUCUCUUAUCACGCUGAGAGAAAUGAAUGUUUCUUGUCCCAUGUCGAUCAGUAUUCUUCCACUUCUUCCUGUGGCCGAAUCCACCUCCACUUGCAUUUCCACAAGUCCAACUCUACCAAAACGAGGUGAGAGUGCUGUAUCAGAUAGUUCGUCAUCUGAAGAAUCUGAAGAGGAACGUGGCUCUUAUGUGAACUCUGAGCGACAACAACAUAAUUCUCCUGAAUCAUAUGAGCAAGGUUCACCGAAGUCCAGUGGCUGCACAGACAACCGUAGUUCUGGGUCAUCUCACUCGGAGGUCGAUGAGAAUAAAGGAGAGCGGGAUUACUAUUCUGACAUAGAACUUGUUGAAGGGCUUGACGAAGAGGUGGACAACCUGCCAGAUGUUAGUAAGACAUGA